AAGUAUUUAGCAAUGGUAAUAAUGUAAAUAAAAUAACUUUAUUAAUAUUUAUUCUGCUUCGAAUAAAUUAAAUCUUAAAUCUUUGUACCGACGCAGUGUUGAAAAAGGUUCUUUCCAUAUUACAUUUUAUUUCUAAAUUGUUACGACAACAUGACAGAUCAGUCUGUGAAGUUAAGGAAAAGAGUCAUUAGUACAUUCUCUUUGAACGGUUUUACAAUUGAAGAGCGAGCUUGUGCCUAUUUAGUCAGUCAGUUAGAACCUCUACCUAAUGAUCGGGAAAGAGACGCAUGGUUGGACAAGAUAGUCGAUUACAUACAAAGUUCUUCGCACAACAACACAUCCACAUUGGUUGAUUUCGAGUUACUAGUGAAAGCAUUGAAGUUUUGCUGUGACUCUGAAGUAUUAAAUGCAAACGACACAUUAUCAGUUAAGGAUUGCAUACAGCAAUACAACUAUCGUUAUAGAUAUUGUCCGGUCAAAAAGAAAUUUUUUAAAGAAAGUACCAACGAUGGUUCUCAGUUAUCUUUGUUUGGUGAUGCACGAGCCAAGAUUCGCCAGUUUGUAGAUAGGUAUACAAUUGUCAAGCAGCAAAUGUUUCGAGUGCACGCUGCUACUGCAAACACUAGUAGUAAAGAUAAUGGUGGUAGUCAGACUAUCGGUGAUCGAUUACGAGACGUUGACUAUUUGUUGAGUAGUGGCGGUGCUGUGAAAGGAAGGUCUAUGAAAUCAUCUAGUUCUUUGGAAAACAUUAUACUUUUAGGCAUAAUAACUCAGUUAAAAGAAGGCCGUUAUUAUAUAGAAGAUCCGACUGGAGCCAUACAACUUGAUCUCACAGAUACAGACUUUCAUAAGGGAUACUUUACAGAAAACUGUUGUGUGCUUGCUGAAGGUGUGUAUGAUGAAAUAAAUUGUGUUUUUAAAGUUGCCGACAUGGCAUUGCCACCGGGAGAAAGUGCUGAAAUCAGCAGAAUAUAUUUUGGCGAUUGUUCUGAUGAGAUUUUCACAAAAUCAAAUUCAACAACUCUAAAAGCGUACGAGGAAAAAAAUAAGCGCAUGAUUAUAUUUGUGAGCGAUAUUCAUUUGGACAACAUGAAGGUCCUUGGAAAAUUUAAGACAUUGUUGAGAGGUUUCAACGAUCAUUCACCUGCAGCGAUUGUAAUGACUGGUGACUACCUAAGUGCAUCUUCAGUACCGGGCUCUCAAUACGCUAUUCAAUUACAACAACAUUUCACCGAACUCGCAGAAUGGAUUACAGCUAAUUGUCCACGAAUUUGCCGAGAUACCACUUUUGUAAUAUUGCCGGGCCCCAAUGACCGCCAUUGUGCAAAUAUUUUACCGAAGCUUGCACUGCCGGAAUUUUUAACGCAACGGUUCAGUCAAUUGUUACCUAAAACGGUGUUCACAACAAAUCCUACUCACAUGAGGUAUUGCACUCAACGGAUGUGCAUCGUUCGUGCUGAUCUCAUUACGAAAACUCUGAGAAAUGCUUUGAACAUCAAAUUGCAGAAAAAAAGUGCGAGCGUCGAUACUAGCAUAGAAAAUGUGGCAACUAAUUAUGUGAAAACACUUAAGAGUCAAUCUCAUUUGGUCAGCCUUCCAGCGGAUGUUUGCCCCGUGUACUGGACUCGAGCACAGUCGCUGAGCUUGUAUCCAAUGCCUGAUUUGGUUUGUGUUGCUGACAGCGACGCUCCGCCGUUUUGUGUGAAUAACGACGACAAUUCUCAAAGGUCCAGUCCAGGAUGUGUGUAUAUUAAUCCGUCGUCUUUUUCCAAACGACAAUACACGUUUAUAGUUUAUAUGACGGCAGAGCGGAGAGCUGACGAAAGUCAAAUUCCCCCGGAUAGCGUCGACACAGAUAUGGAGUUACAAUAAUCAUAAUUGACAUUUGUCAUGUUGUAUUCAAUUUGAGUUUUUUUUUUUAAAUUAUUUAUUAAUUAAAGAAAUAUAAAAUAGUUAUAAAAUACCUUAUACUAUAUUACAAAUAUAUUUCUUAUACUAUUUUUUUGUUGUA